ACAGUCCUAGUUCAGUUUACCCUUCAUGUAACUUGCAUGGAAGCACUGGUUGAUAUUCGAACGGUCCCGUGGAACUUUGCAAUCGCCCUACUUGCAAAACACGAAGGAGAGGAGAAGAUGGAAGCACAACCUCUCGUUAGCCUUACUUCGAUAGAUAUUCACGAAUCCGAACCAAAAGUCUUCGACGAUCACGAAGCGUUCAUCUCGCUCCUUUCUGAGCACGAUGUGGAAACCUCCAGAGGGAAGCUGCGUGUAACUCGGCAGGGAAAAGAGGGGAAGACUGCCAUCGUCACGUUCCAUGAUAUUGGACAAAAUCACACAUCAGCAUUUCUUGGUUUCUUCAACUUCAACGAAACGCGGCCCCUUCUAGAUCAAUUCUGCAUCUACCACAUUGACGCUCCUGGCCAGCAAGAAGACAGCGAGGACUUGCCAGCAGAAUACUUGUAUCCCACAAUGGACGAGUUGUCUGACAUGGUUGGAGAAGUGGUGAAUUUUUUCGACAUCAAACGAUUUAUUGGCUUCGGUAUUGGCGCUGGAGCCAACAUCCUCUGUCGAUAUGCACUCUGGAAUCCUACCCGAGUUGAAGCCCUAGUUUUGGUGGAAUUAGUGGCUUCUAAUGGAGGGUGGAUCGAGUGGGGAUACCAAAAGAUGUGUGUCAAACAACUGCAAAGUAAGGGGCUGACAACCUUUGUGGAAGACUAUCUACUCUGGCAUCACUUUGGUAAAAAGACAAAGGAAGAAAACCUGGACCUUGUGCAUGCCUUUAAGCAGAGUCUCCACACAGUCCUGUCCCCUCGCAAUCUCUCUUUAUUCAUUAACUCUUACCUGAGACGCACAGACCUUCAGAUACAUCGCCCAGAACCUGGCAGUUCAAAGAAAGUUCAAUCAUUGAAGUGUUCAACUUUAUUGGUAACAGGAUCCAACUCUCCCCACCAAGAUGAUGUCAUUGAAACCAACUCUAGGUUAGAUCCAGCGAUAUCCAACUACUUCAAAGUGUCAGAUUGCGGUGGCAUGCCACUGGAAGAACAGCCUCAUAAAGUGGCCACUUCACUCAUUCUGUUCCUUCAGGGCUUGGGCUACUUGACUCGCCUUCAUACAAAUCCUCCAAAGGUAACGCCUCCAGCAACAAGAGAACCAAGCGUCUGUUGAGCCCAGAAUUGCAGGAAUUCUAACCUUAUGCAUGGAAGUCACACCAGAUUGGUGGAACAGGCUAUCUGCUGUUUGCUUUUCCAGAAAAUUAAAUGCUGCAGCCCUUGCAAAUAUUUUGUUAGUUGAAAUAUGGAGUCAAACUCUUUAAACUCUUGCUGCAGUGAAGUCAUGACUUCCUUUGAUCUGAAAAAUGUUCAAGCCCUAUGUAGUUAUCCUCUUAGUCAAAAUCAAUUUCUUUGAACCUGCUGAAUACAUUUUUAUGGGUGUCUUGUUAUUAAUUUAAUACAGACAUUUUUUGUCUGCAGUUAAUGCAUGUCUCUUGAAUCAACCCUUAUUAAUAAUGCAGACACCUCAUAAGUCGGAAACUUUCUGUGGUCUUUUGGGUUUAACUCCACUCUCAUCUAAAAGCAAUUUGAAAUGGGUUUAAUUUAUAAACAAUUAAGUAAAGGGCAAGUGUUAAUUGCUUUUAAAAAUUGAAUCAGGCAAAUGAAAAAGAAUUUAAAAAAAUCUAAUUUUGCUAGAUGGUAAUAUUUUGGGCCACUGAGGUUGUUCAAAGGAUGAAUAAAUACAUACUACACACUGAAUGAAUGACUACUCGGAGGAAAUAUUUUAGUUACACAAACUACACUAUCCACUUAAUUAAAUAACAUUCUUAGAAAGAAUCAGAGAGCCUUUGAAUGGCUAGGUGUUGAACUGAAUGUCUCCAUACCUACACUUGAUAGUGUGACAGUGGAACAAGAAUAUUUUGUUCAAUGUACUUUAAUUUAUCAGAUGAAUAACAUUUUUUGCACUGAAUUUCACGGGAAGUAAGUUAUUUACUGUAAAUUGUGCACAGUCACAUGUAUGUUAAAGCAAAUGGACUGCCUAAGGGUUGGAUAAGCUUGUUCCAAGCUCUCAGAUAAUGGAGAUAGAGUACAUGUAUAAUACCAAUAAGCUCUUGCAAAAGAGAUGAGUCGGAGAUAUUUGUAAGAUGUUUUUGCUCACUCUCAACAUUUUGGAGCUUGAAAUAGUCCAUUCAUGGUGUUGCACUGGAUGUAAAAUUUCUUGUCUAUUUAAUGAUUUUCAAUAAAUUAAGCUGUGGUUUCUUGUCA